AUGGACAGGUUGAAAGAAUGAAUAGAUUUUUAACACCGAUGUUAGCUAAAUUGAGCGAGGAUCCAGGAAAAUGGGAUCGAGUGAUCGAUUUAACGGAGUUUUCUUUUAAUAACACCGUAUGUGGAUCGACAGGGAAUACCCCUAGUCAGUUAUUGUUUGGUAUAGAGCAGUUAGGUGAGAUUAACGAUUCGUUACGAUUAAUUUUGUGUGGCCAUAUGACAACGAAUCGCGAUUUGUCAAAGGUACGAGAAGAAGCCGCGCAAAAGAUAAUAACGACUCAGACUGCGAAUGAGAAAUCGUAUAAUCGCUCUCAUAAGACAGCAACUACUUAUUCUGAAGGCGAUUACGUUAUGAUUACUAAUAUCGAUACUACAGUAGGAGCGAAUAAAAAGCUUAUUCCAAAAUACAAGGGACCUUAUGUAGUCCACAAGUGUUUGGGAUCCGAUCGUUAUGUCGUGCGUGACAUCCCUGGAUUCCAGAUUACUCAGUUACCCUACGAUGGUGUAGUAUCUGCCGAUCGUAUGAAACCUUGGGUGCGAUAUGAAUGAAUUAUAUUGCUUUAUAUUCAGUAAUAUGUUAAGGCGUUACGUUAUACUUUUUAACCGAUUUAUUGUAUAACCGAUUUACUAUGUAACCAAUGUAUUAUGUUAUGUUGUGUGACCAAGGUAUGUGUGUUGUGUUGAUUGAGACAGUCACACCGUCAGGAUGGAUGAGUUGUAGGACAAAAUGUCUUAUUUUAUAAUUCGUCAGACCGAGCCGUCUCGGCGGCGCCAUCGGCAUGAAAGUAACGAGAAGUGAUAUCUCUGAGCGAGCGAUGAUUUACUUAGUGGAGUUCCUGUGAACGGAUGAUGACGCGGUCACACGUCACAGGGUAGUCCAUCGUGGCAACGAUUCGUUGUUGCCAGGCGUAUAAAAGCUACGUGUCCGAACAGGGGCACUUACUUCUACUUCACUCCUUCUUUACUUUACUUCGCGAUUUACCACCGAACACACUCGCGUAUCAUUCGCGAGCUACCCGUUGCGAGACAUUUUAUUGCGAGUCAGUCAUCUUGAACCUUUGUAUUAUUCUCCGUAUUAUUUUACAAUAAAGUGUUUAUAACGUACAUCUUGACAAUUGAUCAGUAGUGGAACCCGAGAGAAGAGUCUCUCCCUUAUUCUCCUACAACUCCAGAAGUCGGAUAGAUUACAGUCCGGCCUUCUACAAUUUCUGACCCAAGCAAAUUAAUUUUGUACAUACAAUGUUUAGCCGAGAUACGUAAAAGGAAUUAGUUUUAAUUCUUUGUAACAGGAGAACACGAAUCGGUACGAAGUGACUCGAGAAUGUUUCAUAAUUGCGAUUAUAGGAAUUACUUCGAUUUCUGACCCAAAGUUAUUUUGUGCAUACAAUGUUUAGCCGAGAUAAGUAAAAUGUAAGUACUUUUAAUUGUUUGCAACAGGAGAACACGAAUCGUUAAGAAGUGACUCGAGAAAGUUUCAUAAUUGCGAUUAUCAAGAGACACGGUAGUGUCUCACGCCAAGUA